CGCACGCACUUGGAUCGCCCUGACGGCGCGUGCAUGUGGUGUGGCGGCGGUGGCGACUGAACUGUGUCGCUUUCUGUCGGUGAGGAAACUUAAAGCAGCGCGUGAAGCUUGAGAAGAAUCUUUAUUUUGUGUAGGAAAGUUUUGUUGUUGUUGUUGUUGUUUUUCCAAAAAAAAAAAAAAAACCCAACAAAACAAAACAAAAACAUCCGCAUUUAUUUGAGAAGAUCUGAAACCGGGACAUGUCUGAGCUGGAGAGAUGGAUGCCAGACCUCCAGUUUUACUAACUUGAGAUCCAAAGGACCACACCGGACAUGAAGGUACGAGUGUAGAACCUUCAAACCUGUUGAAAUCGGAUCUGUGUGAGAGAUGAGCUCCAGUCUGACGCGUGUAGGUGUAUUGUGGGCUCUGAUCUCGCUUCUGAGCACCGCCGCCUCCUGUGUGGGAUUCUUCAUGCCCUUCUGGCUCCUGGGCUCUCAGAUGGGGAAGCUGGUAUCGUUUGGGACAUUCCGGCGCUGCUCAUACCCGGUGCAAGAUGAGGUCCAUGGCGGCAUGGUGAUGGUGGAGCAUUGUGGACGCUAUGCCUCGUUCCUGAGCAUCCCCAGUGUGGAGUGGAGGAUCUGUACGGUGGUGACAGGAACUGGGUGUGGCCUGCUGCUGCUCGUGGCCCUCACAGCACUCAUGGCUUGCUGCAUGUCAGACAUCAUAUCACGCACCAUCGGCCGAGUGGCAGGAGGAAUCCAGUUUGUGGGAGGUUUAAUGAUCGGCUCAGGAUGUGCUCUUUAUCCUCUGGGAUGGAACAGUGAGGAGGUGAAACAGACCUGCAGUAACGCCUCAGACCAGUUUAACCUCGGUUCGUGUGAACUCGGCUGGGCUUUUUACUGCACGUGUGCUGGAGCUGCUGUUACUGUGCUGUUGUGUACGUGGAUGUCCUGCUUUGCCGGGAAAAAACAGAAAUACUAUCCAUACUGAGAACACACACACAAACACACACACACACAUGCAUCUCAGACAUAAAAAGUUGAACACAUGCCUGAAAAAUCUUCAUGACUCUUAAAAGACACUGAAAGAGCAAUUUUCAUGCAUGACUGACCUUUGACCUUCCCAGGUGUGUGUUUGGAUUAUUUUUAUUUUUUUAUCAGAGCAAAAGCUCUGCUCUUUAUUUACUAAGCCAGUUUUAAUUAUUGUAUGUAUUUAAAGUAUAACAGUUGUUUUUUUGUCCUCUGUGUGUAACUAAAGGUGUUUGGGUCACUGACUCUUCCAGUUUAUUAGUUAUUAUUAAAAAGAAAUACUAUUAGUCUCUUCACGUUUUAUUUUAGUGUUGUACUGUUUUUAUAUUUAUAUACUAUGACCUUAAAUAUUUCACAUGCAAUAAAAACAGCUCGCGUGGAGCAUUUGUUUAAAAUGUGGAAUAAAUGGUGUAAUUUUUAUUCUUUCCAAAAUCGUUGAGUCAUUAUAAUUUCCCCUUUUCCCAAUAAUUAAAUGUUUAACCUGCAGCUGUUAUUUUCUGAGUUUAAUAUCGUUAUUCAUUAUUGUACUCAUUGUGAAAUGUUUUCUUGCUCUGGAUAUUGAUCAAGCAGGAAAUUGAGCACAUCUGAAGCUUGGUCUCAGAGAAAUCAAACCCGACCUUGAGGAACAUUCCUAAAUGAAAGGACCUUGCUGGUGGGUUUCAGUACGAAGAACAUGCUCAUAAUCCUGUUUAUUUGUUUUCUCUCGAGGUGCUUUCUUGUAACUUCAAAUAUUUUCCAGCCUUUUGUGUGAUAUGUGGCUCAUAGUCGCAUGGGAUGGUUUGCUAACGAGUUUAUAUUUAUACAGAGCACCAGAUCCAACACACACAAGGGCAUUUGUGUGUGUAAAAAUGACAUCACUUCAUACUUUAAUAAGAAUCAACCAUUAUUUUAGAUAUCUUAUAUCCGUGUCCCUUAUAUCCGGCGGUGGUGGCGGCUCAAGUGGUUAAGGCUCUGGGUCGUUGACUGGAAGAUCAGGGGUUCAAGCACUGCCAAGCAUCAGCAUUGCCAAGUUGCCACUGUUGGGCCCUUGAGCAAGGCCCUUAACCCUCUCGGUUCCAGGGGUGCUGUAUCAUGACUGACCCUGCACUCUGACCCCAACCCCUAAGCCUGGGAUAUGUGAAGAAAGAAUUUUAACUGUGCUGUAAUGUAUAUGUGACAAAU